AUGCAGCCAUCCUCCUCCGACCAGCAACCAUCAAACAACAACAACAGCAACAGCAACAGCAACACCAACUCAUCAACACCUGCUACCACCAAGUCGACUCUUAAUAGCAUUACUCAAGAGGCGAUUCAAAACGUUGCUAAAUAUCUUCCAGGAGGAGAUACUAAGAGAGCGGAACAAGAGAUUGUCAAGGAUCGAAAGUUUUGGAAUAACCAACCUGUACCUAAGAUUUAUGAAAAAGUUGAACAACUCGGAGAAAUUGAAACUAAGACUGUAGAUCAAGUUCAAGCCACUCCCUAUACUCUUCCAAAAGGUUAUGAAUGGUACGAUUUAGAUGUCAAUUCCGAAGAAGAUAUUUCCAAACUCUAUUCUCUAUUGGAGGGUAAUUACGUUGAAGAUGAUGAUGCCAUGUUUCGUUUUGCAUAUACAAAAGAGUUUCUCAGAUGGGCACUUGCUCCUCCUGGAUAUAGAAAAGAUUGGCAUUGUGUCGUGAGAGUGGAAUCAUCCAAAACAUUUGUUGGAUUCAUUGCUGCCAUUCCCAUGUUGAUUGGAUUGAGACAUGAAUUUAAAAAUGAGAGUUCAAACUCGACGUCGUUGGAAACUACGAGUGUUUCCAUGGAAACAACGACGAAUAGUGAUGCUGAAAAAUUUGAAAAAAGCGUUAAAAUGGUUGAAAUUAACUUUUUAUGUGUACACAAGAAAUUAAGAGAAAAGAGAUUGGCACCUCUCCUGAUUGGUGAAAUUACUAGACGAGUGAAUUUAACCAAUGUAUGGCAAGCCAUUUACACUGCUGGUGUGAUUAUUCCACGUCCUAUCAGUAAGGCAAGAUAUUAUCAUCGUAGUUUGAAUCCAGAAAAAUUGAUUGAUAUCAAAUUUAGUUCCAUUCCACCUUUUGCAAAGAGUUUCCAAAAUCCAUUAGAAGUCACUAAAAAGUAUUACAAGAUGAAUGUUAAAGAAAGAUUACCAACAAUGCGUCCAUUACGUAAGAAAGAUUGUACUCAAGUAACCAAAUUAUUGAAUGACUAUUUAAGUCAUUUCAAAGUAGCACCAUUCUUUACAAAAGAAGAAGUUACUCAUUGGUUCGUUGGAAGAGAAAAUGUCAUUUACUCAUUUGUCAUUACUGCUCCUGACAAUGAUGAUAAGAUUCUUGAUUUUAUUUCCUUCUAUUCUCUUCCAAGUACAAUUAUUGGUAAUCCAAAACAUCAAGUGUUGAAGGCAGCGUAUUUAUUCUUCUAUACUUGUUUGAACACCAAUGUUGAAUCUCUCAUGAAGAGUGCACUCAUUGAAGCUCAAAAUAGAGAUUUUGAUGUCUUUAAUUGUGUGAAUAUUAUGGACAAUCAACAAUUCUUAGACAAGUUGAAAUUUGGUACUGGAGAUGGAUAUUUAUAUUAUUAUUUAUUUAAUUACAAAUUCCCAGAUUUACAACCUGAACAAGUUGGUUUGACCAUGCUUUAA